UACAAGAAUAUACAAACCCAAUCGAUCGACAAAAUGCCAAUGCACCUAGAAGGAAGCUGCCAAUGCGGCGACGUACAGUUCGCCCUCGACUCCCAAACGCCGGUCCCUUACCAGCUCUGUGCAUGUGGCAUUUGUCGGAAAGUUGGCGGAUAUGGCGGGAGUGUGAAUUUGGGUGGGAUUGCAGAUAGCCUGGGAGUUUCCAAGGGGGAGGAGUUGAUUAAGACAUACUCAGCGAUCAAAGCACGCGACACAUCCAACGAACAACGCUGCUCAUCCGAGCGCAACUUCUGCUCGAACUGCAGUACCAUGCUAUGGUUGUGGGAUCAUCACUAUCCCGAGUUGAUUCAUCCGUUCGCGUCCGCGAUUGAUACGGAUUUACCGGUUCCCAAGGAGAUGGUUUGUGUUAUGGGCAACUCGAAGCCGGAGUGGGUACGGUGGCCGGAGGGAGCGAAGAGUACGCACGAGACGUUUGGAAAGGAUAGUUUGGAGGGAUGGCAUAAGAAGAACGGACUGUUUUACGAAUAGGUCUACGAUGCACAG